CGGACCGGCCCUGCGCCCGGCGAGCGCGCGGCAUGUUCCCGGGCACUUCCUGACUGGCUGGCAGCGCGCACACGGCCGCUCGCACGCCCAGACCCCUGCGCUGGCGCGCUGGCUGCUCCCUCCCUAGCUGGCUCUGGGCGGCCUCGCUCUGCGUCGGCCGCGCCGCGGUGGAGGCGCGCGAGGGGGGACGCGGCCGGGGAUGAGCGGACUGCGGGUAAACACGCCGCCGACGGGCCCCGCGAGGCCGUGAGGAGCCGCUUUUCUCCGAGUUGCCGCCCUGCCCUUGGAUUUGAGAUCAUGUCCAUUCACAUCGUGGCGCUAGGGAACGAGGGGGACGCGUUUCACCAGGACAAUCGGCCAUCGGGGCUUAUCCGCACUUACCUGGGGAGAAGUCCUCUGGUCUCAGGGGACGAGAGCAGCUUGUUGCUGAACGCGACCAGCACGGUCGCCCGCCCCGUGUUCACUGAGUAUCAGGCCAGCGCGUUUGGAAAUGUCAAGCUGGUGGUCCACGACUGUCCCGUCUGGGACAUUUUUGACAGUGAUUGGUAUACAUCUCGAAAUCUAAUUGGGGGCGCUGACAUCAUUGUGAUAAAAUACAAUGUAAAUGACAAGUUUUCAUUCCAUGAAGUAAAGGAUAACUAUAUCCCAGUGAUAAAAAGAGCAUUAAAUUCGGUUCCGGUAAUCAUUGCUGCUGUUGGCACCAGACAAAAUGAAGAAUUACCUUGUACGUGCCCACUGUGUACCUCGGACAGAGGAAGCUGCGUCAGUACGACUGAAGGGAUCCAGCUCGCUAAAGAACUAGGAGCUACGUACCUUGAACUGCACAGCCUCGAUGACUUCUAUAUAGGAAAAUAUUUUGGAGGAGUGUUGGAGUAUUUCAUGAUUCAAGCCUUAAAUCAGAAGACAAGUGAUAAAAUGAAGAAAAGAAAAAUGAGUGCCUCAUUUCAUGGAAUUAGACCACCGCAGCUUGAACAACCAGAAAAAAUGCCUGUCUUAAAGGCUGAAGCAUCACAUUACAACGCCGAUUUAAAUAACUUGCUGUUCUGCUGCCAGUGUGUGGACGUGGUGUUUUACAACCCAGACUUAAGGGAAGUGGUGGAGGCCCACAAGAUCGUGCUGUGUGCUGUGAGCCAUGUGUUCAUGCUCCUUUUCAAUGUCAAGAGCCCCACUGACAUUCAGGAUUCCAGUAUCAUCCAGACUGCCCAGGACCUUUUUGCUAUAAACCGAGAUCCUGCAUUUCCAGGUGCUAGUCCGGAGUCUCCAGGUAACCCACCGCUGCGAGUCAUUGUGAAGGACGUCCACUUCUGCUCCUGUUUGUCAGACAUCCUGCGCUUCAUUUAUUCAGGUGCUUUUCAAUGGGAAGCAUUGGAAGAAGAUAUCAGGAAGAAGUUGAAAGAUUCGGGAGAUGUUUCCGAUGUAAUUGAGAAAGUUAAAUGUAUUUUAAAAACACCAGGAAAGAUUAACUGCCUAAGGAAUUGCAAAACCUAUCAAGCCAGAAAACCUCUGUGGUUUUAUAACACUUCCCUCAAGUUUUUCCUCAAUAAACCUAUGCUUGCUGAUGUUGUCUUUGAAAUACAAGGUACAACAGUGCCAGCUCACAGGGCUAUCCUGGUGGCCCGUUGUGAAGUGAUGGCUGCCAUGUUUAAUGGUAAUUACAUGGAAGCAAAGAGUGUUCUGAUUCCAGUUUAUGGUGUUUCCAAAGAGACUUUCUUGUCUUUUUUAGAGUACCUGUACACAGACUCCUGUUGCCCAGCCGGCAUUUUCCAGGCCAUGUGUCUCCUGAUCUGUGCUGAGAUGUACCAAGUGUCGCGACUGCAGCACAUCUGUGAGCUUUUCAUCAUCACACAGCUACAGAGCAUGCCAAGCCGGGAGCUGGCCUCCAUGAACCUGGAUAUAGUUGACCUGCUCAAAAAAGCCAAGUUUCACCAUUCGGAUUGCCUUUCUACUUGGCUGCUACAUUUCAUUGCCACUAACUACCUCAUCUUCAGUCAAAAGCCUGAAUUUCAGGAUCUUUCAGUGGAAGAACGCAGUUUCGUUGAAAAGCACAGAUGGCCAUCGAAUAUGUACUUGAAACAGCUGGCUGAAUACAGGAAGUAUAUCCACUCCCGGAAAUGUCGCUGCUUAGUCAUGUAACCUGAAGCUUUUAUUUGCAUACACUUUUAUUUUAAAUUAUUAUUAUGAAGAAUGAGAUACCACUGGGUUCCAGUAAAAUUCUCAUGCCAGAAAACAAUAUGGGUGUUUUGAGAAAAAGGAAACACCAUACAACUUAAUAUGAUUAUUAGUUCUUUGAAUCAACUAUUGUGGUCUUAAAAGGGAAUAAGAUAUACUGUAGGCUAGAACUAAGGCUUUACCCUAGUGUUAUAAAGCUGUUGUAAGCUAGUUUUUCCCUUUAAGAGACCUUGUUACUUUGAUGAUAUUAAGACCCCCCCUCCCAAUUAAGAAAUGUUAAAGUUUAAGAAAAUAAUCAUAUUCAUGAUAACUAAACCACAUAGGGUUAACACAGACAUUUAAUUAUUACACUUGCUCUGUUAAAAUAAGAGGCAUUUAAAAACCCAGUUUAUUUCUAUAAUGAGAAAUCUGGGGGACACUGAUCAGCCUAAGGUGAGAUUUUUAGGAAUUGAAAUUUGACUAGAAUUUUGAAAGUAGAAUGCCACUUAUUUCCAAAUUAGUGACAGUGUUUGCACCAUCAUA